AUGCCAUCUCCAUCCCAAACUCCCAGAUUUCAAAUAAUAGAACACACCAUCCCCUGCCAAUCCAUUCGCGAAUACCACCGCGCAGUGAGACCAAAUACUCCUCCCUCAGCCUUGCGCCUCGCAGUCAAGCAAUAUAUCCCGCUACGCGAAGAUCCCACCCCGGGCCCCGACGACGUGACGAUAAUCGCUGGGCAUGCGAAUGGGAUACCAAAGGAGUGCUACGAGCCUCUCUUCGAAGAACUUCUUUCUUCGUCUUUUACGAAAUUCAACAUCACGGCGAUCUGGUUCGCGGACUGUGCGCACCAGGGCGCGAGUGGGGUGUUGAAUGAGCGUGUUCUCGGGGAUGACCCAAGCUGGUUCGACCACUCGCGCGACCUCCUCCUCAUGGUCAACCACUUCCGCGACCAGAUCCAGCCUCCUAUCGUGGGGAUCGCUCAUAGUUUUAGUUGUGCGCAGUUCAUCCACCUAAGCAUCUCCCACCCACGCCUCUUCCAAACGCUCAUCCUCCUCGAACCAACAGUGCAAUCCGAGCCCCCCGAGCAACCAGGCGGCCGGAAUCCCGCGCUCUGGGCGAGUACGCGCCGCGACCGCUGGGCAUCGAGACAGGAUGCAGAGGUCUAUAUUCGCGGACAUCCGUUUUGGCGGAGGUGGGAUGCGAGGUGUGUCGAUAGGUAUGUGAGGUUUGGAUUGCGGGCGGUGGAUACGGGGGGGUUGGAUGGAGAUGGGGAUGGGGAUGCCGCUGGAGCUGUAACGCUCAGGACGAACAAGGCGCAGGAGGCGUGGACGUUUCUCAGGUUUAAUGGGGCGGUUCCUUCGCCUUGUCCUUCUUGCGGACAGGUCGGUAUAGACAAGAGCACGACGGAUGCCGAUCAGCAUGUCGAUCCCAAAGCUGAGUUCCACGCCUCAGCCCCAUGGCCGGUCCUCGCGUUCGAACUCCUCCCCUACAUCCGACCCACAGUCCUCUACAUCUUUGGCUCAAAAAGCCAGACCAACAUCCCCGGGCGCCGAGCCGAGAAACUGCAACGCACGGGAGUAGGGCAUGGUGGAAGCGGGGGUGUAGCGGCCGGACCGAAUGUCGUGAGGGCGGAGGUCCUUGAGGGCGCGUCGCAUAUGGUGCCGCUGGAACGGGUCGCUGAGACGGCGGGGGUUGUGGCGGGGUGGGUGGGGGAGCAGGUGGAGGGUUUUAGGGCUGAGAGGGAGUUUUGGGACGGGUUUGAUGGUGAGGCUAAGUCAAGGGAGAGCGGGCAGGGGGGUGUGCUGGGGUUGUCGGAGAAGUGGAUCAAGGAUGUUAAAGAGCCGCUUGGGAGUGUGGCCAAGGCGAAGCUGUAG